AUGGCGGCGCGAGACGUACAGAAAGAAGUUAUCAGACCAGGAAAUGGCCCUUGUCCCUCAAAAGGAUCUACGAUAAAGGUUCACUGCACUGGAUCUUUAAAUACCAAUCCACCCAAAAAGUUUUGGAGGUAUUGAUUUAGCUAUGAAUGCAUUAGCAUCGCACGCCUGAUUUACAAGAUUUUGUUUAUCGCGAGCGUGCAUGUCAUGCAUGUGAAAGUAUUUUUUUUCUUUUUCUCGCCUUGUUACCGAUACGAAACGAUGUAGCCAUUAGAAUCUUGUGUAUAGUCACCCGUUUGAUAAAUGAAGGCUGUAUUCGAUGUUUUUUUAUUGUAAAUCGUAGCUCGUUCUACAGGGCUGUCAACCCCCCAACAUCAUCAAAUGGGAAGGAAUGAUAGAUGAUGUCAUAUCGUACGACAAAUGACGUCAUUUGUGCCAAAAAUGCUCGUUAAUUCCGAUCGACGGAUAUAGCCCAUAAACAGUUCAUAUUUAGCCACGUUAUUGCGUAAAUGACAAUGGCAUACCAGAAUUUGUGAGAAAACGUUCCAUGUUAACGGUAGCUCAAACAACACAAAAUAUUUGAAAUUUUAUGGUCUGAAAGUCCAAUCUACAAAAAGUAACAACUAUGGCCAUUAUCCAGGAGAUAUCAGGCUCUAAUCUGGAGAUCGGGAGAUACAGUCCAAAAUCUGCAGUUUCCCGAAUUAUCUGGGAGAGUUGACAGCUCUGUCCUACUAAGGGCUGGUAGCUGUCGCAGGGUACUUUACCACCGUCACAUGGGCUGACUUUGAUAGAGCUGGGACCAAGGAGCGGCAGCCCCCCAUUCUGUUUAAAACUGUGUUUAAAAUGGCUUAUUUGGGGAAGUACAGAUUUUCAUUUCACAAAUUACAGUUUUUUAUUUCACAAAUUAGAGAUUUCACAUAGUACAGAUAUUUUUCAUUUCAUUUGGUUUUGUUUCCUUUUGCAAAUUACAGUAAGCCUUUUAGCCUAUCUGUAGCCGCUCCCUCCCCCUGAUAAAGGAAAAAUGGAGAGGAUUGUGGCUACAUGUAGGCUAUAAGCCUUUAAAUUUCUAUAUAGAUCUCUCAUAUGAAUUCUCCUGAAAACCGGUGUUCUAGAGCCUUUAGCUGCCUUUUCAAAGCUGGCUAGUCUCUUGGCCCCCUCAGUAACUGUAUUAUUCCACUUUAUACUGAUCUUCAUCACUCUUUUUGUUUGACUGAGCAAUGGUUUCACACUUGAUCCUUUUGAUUUCUGCCAUCUGUUGUGAAGCUGAAUCUUUGUUGGGACGAUUGAAAUCAGAAAUUAAUUCUGAGAGGAAUGUCUUAAGCUGACUUGUAGUAUCUUGUUGCUAUCCGAUAUGGUCUGAUCUUUGUUUGUUUGUUUGUUUGUUUGUUUUUUACACUCAUUCAUGACUUUGCAGUAUUAGAAAAAUCCAAUAUUUCCCAAUACUCUGUUAACAUGGGAAUUCUAACCAUAGAAUGACACAUAACUCAGUAGUAACUACCUUAUUGGAACUUAAUUCGCGAUUUCAGCAAGGGAGUUCUAUUUUUGCAAUUUCGAUAUGCAAAUAGAAGAGGACAUUAAAUUUCAUGAUUACAUUCCCAACUUCGUUUUAUUUUUCCAAAAAGUGUGAACUUUUCAGUUUUUAUAGUUUUAAGGUAAACUGAAAAUGUUUGCAAAUUAUCGUAUGCUAUACAAAAGAUGAUAAAUGGAACUUACCAGUAAAACCAGUUAAUAAAAAAAUUAUUGGUGUAGUUGUCAAAACAUACCCUUUACUAGAUAUGUUGAUGUUAAAUUGUUAUUAAAUUUUUUGAGUUCAAAUUUUGUGUGGAUUUAUAUUCGCAGAUCUAAAAUUACAUGAUUUUUUACUGUCAUGAAAAAGGUAAAAUUCUAGACCCAUGAAAUCAAAUACCAAAAAGGUAGUUCAAACCUGAAAACUGCAACUUCUCAUGCGUAACAGUCAAACCCAGUUCAUUUCAUGUCAAUAAUGUAGUUAUCUCUAAUUACGUGUUUUUCAUCCAUUACUAUUUCUAGACUAUUUCUUUCUUUUCUUUACUGAUGUGUUUUUGUUCUAAUCUAUUUUAAGCACAAAAGAUCCAGGCCAAGGGCCGUUUUCCUUCCAAGUUGGUUUAGGAAAAGUGAUUAAAGGUUAGUUUUGCAUACGAUCAGGAGAAAUUAGAUACAGUCAACUCUCUGAUAGUAAGCGACCACUUUGAAAAUAACCAUUUUGUUUCUCAGUCAAAUACUGUUUUAAAGACUCUCUUGUAAGUGACCACUACUUAAAAUUUCUUAUAAGAUCACGGCCACUUCUUAAACCAGAAAUUUGACAUAUUCUGUUGUUUUCUGUUUUGCAUAAGCAACCACCUGGCAUGGUCAUGUAUGAUUGUAAGAAAACCGUUGCUUGAAAGUCACAAAAGUUCAGUUUUUAAAGGCGAUUAAAGCAGUUGACUUAUAAGAAAGAUGAUAUAAUUCUUUCACCUGAUUUUGAAUUGCAGUGACUAGAUAAGGUCCCUGAUAGGUUUUUCAGCAUCCAAGACGUGGGAAUGUGGAUGGGAAAUAAGAUUGGGUAUCCGCUAAACAAUUCAGGAAAUUUUCCUUUAAACCUAAAACGUGCCACUUUUCCACUAACUUGUUAAUAAUAACGCGAAUAUUUGUACAGGAUAACCUAUCAGUUCUAAUAAAAAGAACUGUUAUCAAAAGAGUCCUGUAAUUAUCUCAUAAAUAGCUAAAAAAAAAUCGAAAAGGGAAAAUAAAAUAAAAUAACACUAAGAAAUCUAAGAUUUAAAAAUCAAAAUCUGUAAAAAUCAUCGACUUACAAGACUGAAAAGAGUUAUGAAUUAUGGAAUACUAUUGAAAAAAAAUUGUUUUAAAUUACUCUUAAAAAGAAACCUAGAUUUUAAAGUUCUUAAAUGCUGAGGUAAAGUAUUAUAAACUAGAGCCCCUUGAAAGGCGAAACUUCUCCGUCCAAAUUCUAAUUUGGCUUUGGGAAGUUUUAGUGAACACACAUUGUUUCUAGUGUUAAUGUUGUGUUCAAUUUUUGUAAAAUAUCCUUUAAAAGGGGUACAGACGUUAUCCUGAGGACAAUCAAACACAAGCUGGCAGGACUGCCUCUGGUUCUUUGAAAUUGUGGAAAUGUGAGCCCUCUGUUGGAAUUAUAGCAUUGACCAAAAACAAUUUUGGUCAGGAUGACAGGAUUGAAAACUGGUCUCCCCACUGAGGGCUCUGUUUGAACUAUGGGUAUCAGUUUAUCAAAUUGAAUUAAAUUAUAAAAUUAUUUUUUUUGUUCAGUGCUUUAUUUUUGUGUAUAUUUUUUUUGUGAUUAGGUUGGGAUGAGGGCUGCUUGAAAAUGCAACAAGGAGAAGUAGCUAAACUGACCAUUCCAUCUGAAAAGGGUUAUGGAUCUAGUGGCUUCCCAGCAUGGAGAUAUCCUUUCAUAUCACAGUUUGUUUAG